CGUCGUAAAGCAGACUCUAGUACCACUCUUCUAGGCAGACUAAGACCGAACGCGGAAUCGUAGCGGUUUAUCAGUUUUAAAUUUGCACUGUGCGACGUCGCACACGCCUGCUUGAAGCACGUGAUCGAAGAAAAGGAAUUGUUUUCGCGCGCGAAAUUUUAUCGGACUAGAAACGGCGCAAAAAUUUAUUUGACCGUUGAUAAAAGUGUUACCCCUGAGCAGUGCGUUGUCGUGUUUUAAUUGAUCUCGAUUGUUGAGAUUGUUGCCUCUGGGAAGAUGUGGUUCAAGUUGUUCUGUCUGCUGCAGGCUGUUCUGCUGGCUUCGUGCAUUUCCCGAUACGCCCAUCCAGCCGUACUGGAGAACGAUGCUAAUGAAGCCCUGUUGCCGGAUUAUCUCCGAAAUCCGUACUACCGGACGCCCCGAGUUGCCAAUGCUCUGGCCCGCUUCAGCUGGUUCGGUCCAGGGGAGGAACUGGUGCGGGAACGACACGCAGAGAAAAUAUCCCGGGCAGACAUCUAUACCGUGCUAACGCAUGCCGGAUUCGUGCCUCGAAGAUUCCAUGGGUUUCAUCGGUAAUCGCCACGACGCAGUGUCACUCGUUACCUGUAGUCUAGUAGUCCGAGCUUAGUUGGUUGAAUUUCGAAACCGUUGCCAAAAAUCAUUGAAACGUGUAAAUAGACAGCGAGUGCAUAAACAGAUAUUAGUUAAAAUUAUGUUCGGUGUGCUGUCAAUAGAAUAUUGUACGAUAGCAUAAAGGCUUUGGUGUCAUGAAAGUUCGUCAGACAAUCCAUGGAAUGAAUCAUAGUUGCAAAGUGCAGAAGAAAAACAACACAUUAAACAUAUUAUUAUAAAACCAUCGUUGAUAUAUUUGUACAGAAAAAAUAAAG